GAAACAUCCGGGUAUCGCAGGUUCCCGUUUGGCGACCCGUCGCCAUUAGUGCAAUCCCGUUGUUACGGAGAUAUUUUUUUGUCAAAAUCUCUAAAAGAUCACGUUUUCCAGCUUUUGGAAAACGCUUAACGCCUUGUUAAGGGCAUUUUGUAUUCCCUAACAAGAAAAAAAACCUUAAAUUCGGGGGUCUUGGCUGCGCGUGGCGAGCUCUCCUCUCUACUAACAGCCUCCAUAACUUGAGACGCCGAAAUCGUGUCUUUUUUUUCUCGUUUUCUUUUGUCAAGAUGUCGCCGUAAUGGGGUCGCCGUGUUUGACAGAAAUGAAUCAGGGCCUUCGUUGCCUGACCCGCAGUUACUAUCGCCCGAUUUCCCCUUUAGUUUUUCCGUUUGAUGCUAGAGAGCUCGGCGGCUCUCUACCCGGAGCUCCGUCCCAGAACCGCUCACCGCACGGAAACAAACAUGGAGAAAAACCCCAACAGCAGCACCAACAGCAAGGUCCCGCCCCGUUCCAGCUCCACGGGCCCGACACCGGGCGACUCUAAACCCAAAACAGAAGGUAAAAAUAAUGGAGGCUCCAAGCGCUACAGCCGCAAGCGUGAGCCCUCCUUUCCUAAAACUGAAAGUUUCCAAGGCUCUCGCCACACCAAUUCACAGAAAAGCAAAAAUUUUGAGAAGAGACCCCCCCAGAGAGGUGGAGCACGACAGUAUGGAGUUACAGGUGGAGGACGACGGGAGGAGGUAGCAGAGACACGCCGGGCCGAGUUUAGCCCGGCUCAGUUUGCUGGACCUAAAAAAAUAAGCCUCAACCACCUGCUGAACUUCUCCUUUGAACCCCGUGGAGGUAACGGUGGCAUCGGAGACGGAGGACACUUCGGUUGGGGCCGCCGAAACAAAUGGGGCCACAAGCACAAGCCCUUCAACAAGGAGCUUUUUCUGCAGGCCAAUUGCCAGUUUGUGGUGACUGAUGACCAGGACUACAAGGCUCACUUCACUGAUCCAGACACUCUGGUCAACUGGGACUGUGUGGAGCAAGUGCGCAUCUACAGUCAUGAGGUGCCAUCUUGCCCCAUCUGCCUCUACCCCCCUCUGUCGGCCCGCAUCACCCGGUGUGGACACAUCUUCUGCUGGCCGUGCAUGCUGCACUACCUGUCUCUUGGUGACAAGAACUGGUCCAAGUGCCCCAUUUGCUAUGAGGCAGUUAAUACCGCUGACCUUAAGAGUGUGGUUGCUAUGGAGACCAGACAGUACGUGGCUGGGGAUGUAAUCACCAUGCGCCUGAUGCAGAGGGAAAAGGGAGCUCUGGUGGCCAUGCCUAGCUCUCAGUGGGUGAAGGUGGAGGAGCCGGUUCGCUUUGGAGAUACGUGUCUCAGCCCGUACUCCAAGCUGCUGCUGACCUCCCCGACGCAGGUCCUGAGCUUGGUGGAGGAAGAGAAAGCCGUCCUGCAGGCUCAACUCAGCCAGGAAGGAGACGCUCAAGCCUGUUUCAUCCAGAGCGCCCUUUGUCUUUUGCAGGAGCGAGAGGAAAUGCUUCUGAAGCAACAGAAGGCACAGUUUGGAAAUAGCUUCGACCUGUCCUUUCUCACUCUAGAAGAACCUUCUUGUGUGAAGGAAGUGGUCACUACCAUCAGCAGCACCAAGCCGGUGCUGCAGUACUCCUCUGCCUUUGAUGAUGAGGUGGCUGAGGUCCCAGAGGAGGGCACCGCACAGCCGUCCGACUUCCCCGAAAGUAUUCUGGAGAGUGUGGUAGAGGAACUUCCAGAGGCUAUGAUAGAUGCAGCCCCAGAGCCUCAACCCGAUGAGGAGAGCCAGACCGAGUCAGGUCGCCCCUCAAACAGCGUGGUGCAUGGACCGUACUAUUAUUUCUACCAAGCUGAUGACUGCCAGCAGAUGUUCCUGCAUCCUGUGAAUGUACGCUGUCUGCUGCGUGAAUAUGGCAGCUUGGAGGCCAGUCCUGACUCCAUCACUGCCACAGUGUUGGAGAUAGACGGACACACAGUCACCGAGGAGAUCCGUCGGCGUCAUCGGUAUCUGGCCCAUCUGCCACUCACAUGUGAGUUCAGCAUCUGUGAGUUGGCCCUACAGCCGCCAAUCCUGUCCAAAGAGACUCUGGAUACAUUUGCAGAUGAUCUGGAGAAGAGAAAGCGCCUGAGGCAUAAGAAAGCAAGGGAUGAGAAGCGCAGAGAGAAGCGGAUUGAAAUUGAGGAGAACAAGAAGCAGGGUAAAUAUCCAGAGGUGCAUAUCGGAUUAGAGAACCUUCACCAUUUCCCAGCGUUUGGAUCUCCUCCUAACAACAGCUGCCCCCUAAUGCAGCCUGACUUCACGUUUGCCCCUGCGUCCCCCCUCAGCAGCAGUCCUUCCUCUGAUGGGAUGACAUUCCCAAAUCUGAAUGGGCAAAGCUCUUUUCCCAUUGUGGGUAGUCUGGAGGAUGACUCCCACUGUAUGUCCUUUGCACAGAUGCUAAGAGAUGGGAAAGCCAGAGGGGAUGCUGGGCCCAGGAUCACUCCAAAGAAAGAUACAUUGCUAGCUCCCCCAGCGGCAGACAGCGAUGGCGAGAGCGACGGGUCGGACCGUGUCCCUGUGCCCAGCUUUCAGAACUCCUUCAGCCAGGCUUUUGAGAAGGCGCUUCUGCAGCUGGACCACGGUGCAGCCGCUCCUCCACAACCCGUGGUCGACAUCCCAGAUGAGAAAGGUGGGAAGAAGAAGAAGAAGAAGCAGAAACUUCUAUUCAGCACGUCCAUGGUUCACACAAAGUAGACACUGAAGUUCAUUUAACCACAUUGUUUCUUGAGUUAACCUUCCUGCAGCUUGUGUUUUUACUGCCAUGCAGAUAAUGCUAGGAACUAUAAGCUAUGGAAAACGUUUUCGGUAGGUAGAUUAAGUUCACUCUUGCUUUUAGUCCUAUGGGUUUGAUCCAUUGUUUCGGUGCGAUUCAGUUUAAUAUACUUCACACAUAUUCUUUCAUUGUUAAACAAGGUGAAAACUUUGCUGCAGCCUCCUGGCACACUGAACGCCUCAGCAAUGACAUUUGGUUGAGAUGCUCAGUGAAGCUCAGAUUUAACAAGCUGCUGGCUCACAUUUAGUGUGCUUUAUGCUUUUCAUCACAGUGUUUGUGAUGUCCCAACUUUCCUGACGUUGACCCUGAGCAUCUAGGAUCCAAGAGGGAUAUUAAUUAGAUCUUCAUGGGUGCUUAAUAUUAGAGUAGCAGUCAGCCAGCUGCAGGCACGUUUUGAAUAUUUCCAAGAUACUCGGUGCUCAUAAAUCAGCAAUGAACUUCAGCUUUGAAUACAUGGAAUCAAAGUACAUGUCAGUGUUUAUCACAGGUCAUUUGGAUUAGUAUUUUACCACCCUUUGCAAGUAUGGAUUUUGAGAUUGAUCCCAUGGAACUUUGUAACAAAAGAAUUCAUACAUAAUGUUGCUAAAAAGGCAGUAUUGUAUUAAAGGGAUUAGAUCUGGUGUUUCAACAGAAAUCCUAUAUAUAUAUAUAUAUAUAUAAUCUCCUGUGUGGUUACACCAUAAGUACGAACUUUCUUCUCAUUCGUUUUUUCUGCUGUCACAAUCCGUUGUAGAAGAUUUACUUAUUUUUGACAUUACUCCCCCAGUUAACUUCAGUGCUGAAACUGUGUGAAGUUAGAUUGCUGACAUUUAAAGAAUACUUCUAGAAACCUGGAGAAAGAUGGAUUGAUCAUAUAUUUUUAUUUGAGGGUUCUUUAUGUCACCUUUUAAUUUUGAGCAAGUUUAAAGACUAGUGUACAAAACUAGUCAGUUGAAAGAAAUAAAGUAAUGCACAAAGAACUGAA